AUGGCUUGGCAUGCCGCGAGCGUUUUAGACCGACGGCGGAACGAAGCCCUCUCCGACAAUUCAAGGUCGUCGCAGAUACACCUGAAGGAUGUAUCAGCCAAUAUUAACUCGGAGACGGAUGCCGACUCCAUAUCAGAGGACUUGACCCAACUGGGUUCUUACGAACGCGUCCUCCUGCAUGGGUAUCCCCAUCUGUGCUUCAUUCCAGAAGCAAAAGACACCCUCGACAAUCGGACAACCACCGAACCGUCGGCGGUGGAUCGUGAAAAAGAGUUGGACCAAGCCGUUACACGGGCAUCACAGCUUUUACAGGGCAUGGCUUCAAAUCAGUGUCUAUACUACUCCACCGGCUGGUGGACAUAUUCCUUCUGCUACAACGCUCAGGUAACCCAAUUCCAUGCGCUGCCGCCAGGCACAAAUGGGCGGAUAUGGCCACCGCAAGAAGACCCUACCACUCCAAGCUACGUCUUAGGAAAGUUUGAAUCUCCGAAACAGGCGGGUUCAAAAGCACAGCCUGGUUCCGACAAGACACUCUCGACGGAAGUCAAGUCAAAGGCCGAGACCAACUAUCUAGUGCAGCGCCUCGACGGAGGGACACCCUGCGAUAUCACAGGCAACAAUCGCAAGAUCGAGGUUCAAUUUCAUUGUAACCCCCAACUAACCGACCGAAUCGGCUGGAUCAAGGAGACUGCCACCUGCGCCUAUCUCAUGAUCAUCUACACGCCGCGACUAUGCAACGACGUCGCGUUCCAGCCGCCAAAAGAGAGUCGAGCACAUCCGAUCACUUGCCGGGAGAUCAUCUCAGAAGAUGACCUGGAAGCAUGGGAAGCGCGUCACGAAGAGGAGGGCUCUCGCCAAGUCGGCCAAGGGCAGCCACAACAGAUCAUGCUGGGUAAUGUGGAAGUGGGUGCAAUGAAACUUGUCGGUCGUGAGGGCAGAAGGCUCGAGAGGGGGCGUAUUGUCCUGACCAAAGACGAGAAGGCCGAGACCGUCAUCAUGCAGAAGAAGGGACAGAUCUCUGGCAUGUCCAAGGCGGAGCUCGACAAGCUCGAUCUGAGCCAGGAGGACAUUGAUGCGUUCCGCAAAGAGCUACAGAAGUUGGCUGGCUCAAAGGAUUGGAAGAUUGAGCGACUGGACGACAUCAACGGACAUAUACAAUUAAGGGGCGUUGUAGCUACAGACGAAGAUGAGGAGGGCGAGGAGCAGGAAGAAAGCACUCCUCCGUCGGAAGACAACGAAGAAGACACCGGCAGCAAGGAAGAAUAUGCUGCAGACGGUUAA